AUGACUAGACAUAGUAAGAACAAUACAGCGAAUUCUAUUUUUACCUAUCAUGAGAGGAAGAAGGUCAAAGAUUUUAAUACCUUAACUCAGAGGCUAGGUGCCUCGUCUAUGCGUAAAUUUGAGCAGUGCUGGCUGUGCCUUUCAACGGCAGUGAAGCCAGUGACGACCCCGGAAGGUUACAUAUACUGCAAAGAGUGUAUAAUCGUAUCUUUGUCGAAGCAGAUGGAGAAGAAUAAGAAAAAAUUAUCGCAAUGGGAAUUGGAUAUGAAGGCCUGGAAAGAACAAGUUGACGAAUUGAAGAGACAGGAAGAGUCGGAAAAGAAACGUAAAUUAGUAGAGGAAAAUUUGUAUUCACUAGAAUCGGUAAAGAAGCCGAAGGUGUUAGAAACAAAUAAUAAGUUGUUCAAAGAAGACAUUAAAGAGAAAUAUACGGGUAAUUUCUGGGUUUCGCAGCCAUCUAAAGCAGAUGCAGUCAAUUCAAGUUCGAGGAAAGUGGACAUUGAAGAGUUGGAGAAGAAGGCUCCAGUUAAGCCGAAAAGCACGUUGACAUGUCCAAUAUCAGGGAAGCCGCUGAAACUGAAGGACCUGGUGGACAUCAACCCGGAAGUUUCUAACGAGUCAGAUGCGCCGAACUCGGAGGUGGUGUGGCUGUGCUCAGUGUCGAAGAAGCCGAUUCUACACAACCAGGCGUGCGUAUACAAAAAGAACGGAAAGCUGGUGAUGAAACAGUACAUUGGAACGUGCGACGAAGAGGACGCAGCAAACGACGAACUGUUUGUACGCCUGAUUCCAGCAGGAACCGGAUUCGCGUCACACAACAACGUGGAGGCAAAAAAAUUUAGACCAUGUAUGCAGUAA